AUGAGUGACAAGAAGUCCUUCUACAACAAACCUGUGUCAGACACAUCGUUUCGAAAAACCUGGGACCGCGAGGCCUACGCUGAAAAGGCAGCAGCAGACGAAGCUAAAUCGAAGGAAGAAGCAAAAGCGCGUUACGAGGCCAAACUGCAAGGCAAAAAAUACCAUGCUCCCGUCGACUACAGCUCCCUCGAAGCGACCACCUCUCGCGCAAAUCGGCUGGAUGUCGCAAGCCUGGUCGGAAAGACCACGCUAGUUCCUGCCGGAGCGGCAGUAGGGAAACGAGGUCGUGGUGCAGGCUUCUAUUGUUCUGACUGUGACCUGACGUUUAAAGAUAAUAUACAGCUUGUGGAACAUUUGAAUAGCAAGCAGCAUCUGUAUGCGACGGGACAGAGUGGAGAGGUUGUCAGAGCUGGUGUUGUUGAGGUCAGAAACCGGCUAAGAUGGUUGGCACAUAAGAGGAGGGUGGAGGAGGAGGAGGAUCGAAAGGCUGGGCAGUUGGAUCUCGAUUUAAGGAUCAAAACUAGGGAGGAAGAGGAGGCAAAGGAACGAGAGGAGAAGAGGAGGAAGAGAAAUGAAAAGAGGAGAAAGUCCGGCAAAGAUGACGUUAAGCAGGAAGAUGUCUGGGAGGGUCGACUGGGUAUUAUUUCAUGA